AUGUCAGAAUACGCCGCAAUCCCCAGAAUUCGAAGGAAACGAGUUACGAACCGCAAAGACCUCGAUGACGAAGAAAGCCUCAACGACGACUUGAUGGGUCCGUCGGACAUGGAAAGCACAGGAGACGCUACUAGCAGGAGAGCAAACAAACGCCGCGAUCUGGACCCUUCGUAUGACCCAAAUCAAGAUGACGAUGACCCGGAUGAAGAUGAUCAAUUCACCCUAAGGAUUCCCAAAGAUGGUCGGAGAAAACGAGCUCUCGACCCGACGUAUACACCCGGCAAGGACGACGCCGGUGAAGAUGAUGACGAUGAACAACUUCCUAGGGGCUCACAGCGAAAGAAGAGAAGACCUUUACACCCUGCCUUCGUUCCUGACGAAUAUGACGACGAUGACCAGGACAAGUUCCUGGGUUCAUCGAAGAGGGGCAAGGGCAGGACUACAGACAAACGAACCUCGAAAAGGAAAGCGACCUCUGAUAUUGGAGUUGGGAAUCUACCUACUCCUAGCAAAGACACACCUUCUCGAGCCGCGAAAAGGAUGAAGAGUAAACCAACACCACCUCCAAGAGUCCCCGUUCCUCCGGCUCUCACAGAUCCUCAGCCUGAUAACUCUGACGAAGAUGUGGUCACUAAAAAUCCGUGGGAGCUUGUAAACGCCAAAACACAGCCAAACCACCCCUUAGUGUUGAAAGCCAUGGAGAUCCUCAACAAGAUCGCGGAUGAUAGAAACAAAGCUUUCUUCACGCUCGCCAAAGCUCAUCAACGCUCUCGAGAAAGCUAUCCUGCCCGCUUGGCAGAUAAUACAAAUGACGUGGCUCAUACCCAGGGCAAGGUAGACUCUUCACGAAAGAGAUCCCAAAACUGUGACGCCGUUGUGCGGCAUUCUGACUCUGGCGCGCGAGUAGGCGAUACUCUAGCGAUUCAGAAAGAUGAAGCAAACGAUUCGGUACCAGAUCUGUCCCUGGAAAGAGCAAAGCGCUGGGCAAACGCUGUCAAUGUGCCCAAGGGUCUCUGGAGCGAAGCGGAGAGACAACUUUUCUAUCGAAUUGCCAUGAGGGGUUUUGAACCUUUGCUUCCCAAGCAGUGGCAUUACGACUUCUCCACAUUGCCCAAUCCCCUGUUCGCUGUUUCUGGUGAGAAACCGUCGCCGUUGAUUAAUACAAUCAGAGGCUCGGAGUUCUACGCAAUCAGGUCACUUUCUGUUCUAUUCUCUCUCGGCGGCUAUGUGAGAGACUGCAGCCUUGUGCAUCGUCGACCUGAGCCCAUCAUAAAACGAGCUAUUAGCAAGUACAUUCGCUGGGCUGUGUACGACGCAGGUCUACAUGUUAGCUCAAAUGCAAUACCCUUGUAUGCAAUAGGCGCUAGGAAGAGAGGAGAAAGUACCGUCAAGGCUGUGGUGAAAGUGAACCAACAUCUACAAAAGCUGGCGGAUCGAUUUCGAAGUGCCUAUGGCCUUGCAUCCGCUACGAAAGAGCUUGUGGCACCUGCCAAUAGAGCAAAAACAAAAGCAUCGAAUAGGCCCCCUCUUCUUACAGGCUUUGUUAUCAGCGGCCCAGUGGUCGCCAUCUUGACCCUGAACACCGACCCUUCCGCCGCAAAGGGUCAACGGGGAACUGAAGACAGCCAUUUCAUUUGCCAACUCGAUCUCAGUGAACAGGGUCAAGAUGUGUGGAACUCACUUGCAGUGGCAAUAUCUGUCAUGCAUAUCCGCAACACCAUGAUGGAGCUUGCCGAGCAUCAUUUGGCAGGUUUGUGCAGAUUUAAUGCAGAUGCACAUGUGGUAGUGGACCAAGACCUGUGA